AAUGACGUCAUACAUGUGCGCCAUUUGUUUAGAGUGUUGUACGAUUGUAAAGGCAACCAUCUAUAAAACAAGUUCGAUGCUUUGCAUUACGACCCACACAUAAUUAUGGAUGGAGAAUACUAUAGCAGUGCUGGAGACUGGGAGGCGCAAGACUCUAAUGCGGACGAAGACGGAUACGCGGAUGCAGAGACAGACGAUAAAGUACAAGAUGAGUGCUUGAAGAAGUUCUCCAGUAGGGAUUACAUCAUGGAGCCCACAGUGUUUAACACGCUGAAAACCUAUUUUCAGGCAGGUGGUUCCCCUGAGCAUGUUAUUCAACUCCUGUCGGAGAAUUAUACUGCUGUGGCGCAAACAGUGAACCUGCUGGCUGAGUGGCUCAUUCAGAUGGGUGUGGAGCCAGCUCAGGUGCAGGAACGAGUAGAAAACCAUUUGAAGAGUCUUCUCAUCAAACACUUUGACCCACAAAAAGCUGACUCUAUUUUUACAGUAGAAGGAGAGACACCAGCAUGGCUCGAGCAGAUGAUUGCUCAUACUACAUGGAGAGAUCUCUUUUACAAACUAGCUGAAGCUCAUCCAGACUGCCUGAUGCUUAACUUCACAGUCAAGCUGAUCUCGGACGCAGGAUACCAAGGGGAGAUCACGAGUGUGUCUACAGCCUGUCAGCAGCUAGAGGUUUUCUCCCGAGUGUUACGUACAUCGCUCUCCACACUGCUUGAUGGGGGAGAACAGAACCUUGAGAAAAACAUACCAGAGUUUGCUAAGAUGGUGUGUCAUGGUGAGCACACAUACCUUUUUGCUCAGGCCAUGAUGACCAUUCUGGCACAGGAGGAGCAGGGUGGAUCGGUUGUUCGUCGCAUUGGGCAGGAAGUCCAGAAGUUUGCUCUACAGAGUGGUCAUGAUGCAAGUCAGAUCACACUAGCACUAGGGACAGCAGCAGCGUACCCACGUGCCUGCCAGGCUCUCGGGGCAAUGCUGUCCAAAGGGGCACUUAAUCCAGCAGAUAUCACAGUUCUUUUUAAGAUGUUCAGCAGUAUGGACCCUCCACCUGUGGAACUGGUCAGACUCCACUUGAUCCGUGUUCCAGCCUUCCUAGAUCUGUUUAUGCAGUCUUUAUUUAAACCUGGAGCCAAGAUAAACCAGGACCAUAAACACAAAUAUAUUCACAUUCUGGCCUAUGCAGCUAGUGUGGUGGAGACAUGGAAAAAGAACAAGCGUGUAAAUAUCAAUAAGGAUGAACUUAAGUCCACCUCCAAAGCCAUUGAGACUGUUCAUAAUCUGUGCUGUAAUGAGAAUAAAGGAGCAACAGAGCUAGUGGCAGAACUCGGCACUCUGUACCAAUGUAUCAGGUUUCCUGUAGUAGCAAUGGGGGUGUUAAAGUGGGUUGAUUGGACUGUGUCAGAACCUCGUUAUUUUCAGCUGCAGACAGAUCACACCCCCAUCCAUUUGGCCUUACUGGAUGAGAUCAGUACAUGCCAUCAACUCCUACACCCACAGGUUCUGCAGCUACUCAUCAAACUAUUUGAAACGGAGCAUUCUCAACUUGAUGUCAUGGAACAGCUGGAACUGAAGAAGACUUUGCUUGACCGCAUGAUUCACCUUUUAAGUCGAGGUUAUGUCUUGCCUGUUGUCAGCUACAUGCGUAAAUGCCUGGAGAAACUCAAUACAGAUAUCUCUCUUAUCAGAUAUUUUGUAACAGAGGUUCUGGAUGUGAUCACACCACCAUAUACCUCAGACUUUGUUCAGCUAUUUUUACCAAUCCUGGAGAAUGACAGUAUUGCUGGAACGAUCCGCACUGAAGGGGAGCAUGAUCCUGUGACUGAAUUCAUUGCACACUGCAAAUCCAAUUUCAUCAUGAUAAACUGAGAACAGCCAAGGAGGCUAACCUAUAGAAACUGUGCAAGAAGAACUGGAUUGUAACAUUCAUUCAAGAGCGUAGCGAAAUCUCACCUGCAUCAACAUAUGAAGUUUUUUGGAAAAAAGAGCUAUAGACAUUCAAAUUCAGCAAAGCAGUUACUUUAGUAUGGUCAAGAAAAGGCAUCUUUUCAGAUGCCUACAGGUUGUUAAACCAGGUGUGUUACCCAGAAAAUUUGUUAAACACAUAAUGUAGGCUAUUUUAAAAGGUUUGCAUUUUGUUAUGAAAAUGUGCUUUGUGGCAGUGCAUCUUUUUUGUAUAAUGCAAUUUUCCUUUCAAUAAAAAGUUAAACAAC